UUGUUUUGUGCAGGAAAGCGAGUCUCGUUGUUAGUCGUUCCGUGGUAUAAAAUCGCCUUUGGUUUACUCCAACCCAACGGUGUCGGUAGGUUGACAGGUGCAGCAGGCUAGGGUUCACUCCGCAUGCGCACGCAGAGGGCCCGAGCGGGUGGGCAGAAUGCAGGGAAUGCUCGGCACGCCCGACAGCAGGGGGACCCCCUCUCUUCACUCGCCGGUUCCGCACUAGGCUCGCCCCGAUGUUUCUCUAACAUCACGCCGACUCGUCGCCGUUUCUGCCCCGCGAAUCUGAGGGACCAUGGACGUGGUACAAGAUGUGGCGGAGGUGUUCGCCACCCUCCCGUUGUUCCCGGUGUUCAACGCCUGUCACUACACAUUGAUGAUCCUCACCACCAGAUAUGACACAGGCUCUCUAGCGCUAUCGCGGAGUAACCCUCUGGCUAACUGGGUGGCCUCCAUGAUCGCCUGCUUUGGAGGUUACAUCCUGGCAGACCUGCUGCUCGGCCACUCCGUCCUGUCGUUCCUGGCGCACCCGGAAGAUGUCGUUCUUGCAUCGGCUAUUUGGUACCUCCUGUUCUACUGCCCGAAGGAUCUGUUCUACAAGAUAAUAUCCGUCCUACCGCUCAAACUGGUCAUCACUGCCCUGAAGGAAACUGCGCGCGUGCGCAAACUGGUGGCGGGGAUCGGGGCGGCCGCCAAGGUGUACCCGCACAGUCUACUGGCGCAGGUCAUCGUAGGAGUGGCCAAAGCAUGUGGUAACGAGUUCCUGCUGAACUUCGAGCAAGCGGUGCGCGGCGUGUGGAAGCCGGACAUCAACGCCAUCUUGCAGCCUUCAUUCUCGAUCAAGGCCUGUGUAGUCGGAGCAGUCAUGAUCAUCCUGGGUCGGUCCGAUGUGCUGAUGGGGAUCAGUCAAGAAAUGGUGGUCCUGGCCGUCUCCCUCUGGCUCAUCUCCGUGGCCGUCUCCAUGAAGGCCUUCCACGCAGACGACCCUUUCAAGCCCGUGGAGAACUUGUUCAGUCCCUUCAUCUUCGGCAGCGCGGACAGCCUGCCGGCGGACGCUCACCAUCACCACCCGCCGGCACCCGAACCCUCGCCGGCGCCGAAACCUCCGUCCGGCAGGAGGAGAGGGAAGGCAGCCAAGGCCGACUAAACACGGUCAAGACUUCCACCAACAAAAGGCUACACGUGGAACACACUCUGAAGUGAACAGGAGUUACUGGGAACAGUGUAAAGCAGAUGUAAGAGACAUCGUCUGUAACAAGCCAAGGAAGGCCAGCCUGGCCGGAUGCCAGCCUGUUUCCAGGCCUUACACAAGCCAGCUCCUCAGCUCUAAAGGCCAACGUGCCCCCAACGUUAGGCCAAAAUCAGAGGAGGGGAGCUGUAGUUAGAUAUCCUUGGGACCAUGUUGGCCCUAGACCCGAGGAGCUGGCCUGUGUAGGCCCGGAAAGCAGUCUGGCAUCCAGGCUGAAGGAAGGCAGGCUCAGCCGAGAAGUCGAGUUGCUCAGUCCUAUUCUUCGAUGGUCUAAGGGCAAUGAACCAGGCUUCAGUUGCUUCAAUACGUUUUUAUUUGCCUUCUUUGUUAUGGCUGGGAAAGGGGUUUGAUGUACUGAUUUUUAAAAUUGUUAUAGAUAUUUUUGUGGAAGGCGUUAUGCACUUUCUCUAUGCAAUAAGACGGCGUGUGAGAACAAGUAGAGGCAAUUGCGCAAGUAGACAUAUCUUUUUAUAGGUUUCGAUCAGAAGAGGCUAGGCAUUGAUUACAACAUAGUGUUUUUAUAUUGCAGUUGUUACAAAGUGUUUAAAACACCGAUGGCACCGCAAGUAGGAGAAAUGAUGGUGUGCGUUGUACUGAAACAAGGAGGUUCAUGAUUCUAAGUACGCAUGGGCAACGAAAUGCACUGUGGGUAAUAUGUGAAAGAUGAAGUUAUUGUCUCGACCAUUGUGUCGAUAUGGAUAAUGAUGUUCAGACGUGCUCUUUUUAUGUCUCAGGGGCCUUAACCUCUGACAGAUUGUCCACAAUACAUUUCGCUGCACAUGCGUACUCAAGACAGUAUUGUAAGGCCCGACAGGUAAACUCAGCAAAAUCUUAGUUAUGAAAAAGUGCCAAUGAAGUGUCCCUGCUCAAAAUAUAUGUAGCAAUAUUCCACACAAGUGGUACAAGAGGGGACUUCUGUCAAGCCAAUAAUUGAUAGCUUUAUGUGGAAUUAGUUUAAUGAUAUCGAUAACGCUAUGUUUUAAUGAUGGACUCCCUUGGAAAGCAGUUACGUUAACUCGAGGGACAACCCUGAAGAAUAUGCAUAAGCAGUGAAGAUGUAAGUAGAUUUUAAUUGUGUUAAGAUUAUUCUUAGACUUGAUAUCAUAAGAUGUGAAUGUGUCUGUUUUACUUCAAUUGUAGACUGGAGCGUGUCCAUCAUUAGCCAACGUUUUCUGCAAAUCAAUUGUUUCAAAAUGUCAGAAACUGGCUGGUAAUAAGAUGCACAUUAAAUCCAUAUAAAGCCA